GUCCUGGAGCUGAGGUCCUGGGUGGGCGAUGGGGUGUGAUGGGGCGGAAUAGACCCGCAUCAUCACUACGGGAUCCUGGCGUCAGGGGCUGCCGUGGUGGGCGUCAUCCAAGCACCAUGAUUGGAGGGAACCUUGGACUGGAAGAAACUGGGACUCAGUAGGCACUGACUUGGGUAUUAUUUUGGAGUUAAUGGAGCCAGAAGAAACUCUAGAAUCAGAGAGUUCAGAGAAGUCACUCUUUUCCUCCCAGCAAGAGUAUGAAGAGUCGCAAGGAGCAGAAGAAACAGGCGCUGAGAACCCCCUUCUGCAGCCCACUCUCACUGGGGACGUGGAAGGUUUGCAGACGAUUUUUGAGGACCCUGAACAUCCUCACCAUGAGCACGCUGUGCAGCUGCUUUUGGAAGAAGACAUUGUUGGGAGAAAUCUGUUGUAUGCAGCUUGCAUGGCUGGCAAAAGUGACGUAAUUAAAGCCUUGGCAAAGUAUGGGGUGAAUCUGAAUGAGGCGACUGCUAGAGGGUACACGCUCUUACACUGCGCUGCAGCCUGGGGCCGUCUGGAAACUUUGAAGGCCCUGGUGGAACUGGAUGUUGACAUAGAGGCUUUGAACUUCCGGGGAGAGAAAGCUCGGGAUGUUGCUGCUCGUUAUUCUCAGGUUGAAUGUGUUAAUUUUCUGGACUGGGCAGAUGCAAGGCUGAUUCUGAAAAAAAUUAUUACAAAGUCCUCCCUCAUCAUUACUGACCCAGAAAAGGGACCGGGGAAACUCUUCAAGGAAGACAAGAGCACCAUCCUCAAUGCGUGUCGUCUGAAAAACGAGUGGUUGGAAAGCCAUCCAGAGGCUUCCAUUAGUGAGAUUUUUGAGCAGAAACAACAAUUGGAAGAUAUCGUCUCCCCCAUCCUAGCAAAAAUGUCUACACCACGCCAAGUGAAGAGUGCCAAAUCGAUAACCUAAGCCGUGGUCACCAGAGAAGUCAAGGAUGUGCCUUCUACAGAUGCCACAUGGUGUAGAAGGCUACAUUUCAGUAUUAAAUACGACAAACCCGUUCCUUGUUCCUGCCAAGUUCAAGAAAUAGACCCAGGGUUUUGCAGAAAUGUCUGGGUACAAAUUCAGUUACCUGACUUUGUGUUAGACUUGUUCAUAAGACUCACACCUGGCUCAGGGGCUGGGCCUCUGCUCCUCCAAGCUGGGCUCCUCCUGAGUCCUCCAAGCUGAACUCCCUUCUGAGUCCUCUAAGCUGGGCUCCUCCUGAGUCCUCCAAAGCUCAGUCCUCCUGAGUCCUCCAAGCUCAGUCCUCCUGAGUCCUCCAAGCAUUCAAGCACACAGAGAAGCUAAUAGUUUUCUGUUUAACUGAGGCAAGAAAUUUCCACUUGACUAGGGGAUUCUGUUUUUAAAAGAUGCAUUAAGCCAUUUGUAAAAGAAAAGCAGGUGUUCCCUCUCUUUCAAAAAGCAAAUACUAAGAAUUGAAGUCCCCCCUCCCCGAGAGGUGGGGUCCUCUGGUUUUAGCUGUCUGAAUUAAAAUUCACCUGGAAGGUGGGAUAUAGUUUCUGUGGAAAGCCCACAAAUCUGUGGUUUCCCCUCUCAGGGUUUGAUAAUACACGGUAACUGCCACUGUGCUGCGUCCCACCAGUCUCUUUUACAUUGCCUGUGUUUUAAAGGCCAUGGCUACAGAAAGGGUCCUCAGAAAGUACUCUUGGUAGUCAAAUCAAGCAGGACCCUGAACUUCCUGUUACUUUCCAACUUUCUGGGGGAAGUUUUUUUUUUUAUAGAAAAUAGAUAACAUGUAUACUUAAAAUAGGAGAGAAUCAUUUUAUCACUUUCUCCUCAUUGUCUUGCUAUGCAAACUAUUUUUCACUUUAGAGGAGAAAGAAAACAGGGGAGCCAUUCAGUCAUACUUGUCAGGUGAUGUUCUCUUGGUCAUGCUAUUGAGGUCAUCUUGUUUUUAAAUGUUUCCCCAAGUGUCCACUUGUGAGAUCUUUUCUCUAUAGGAGCGAUUGCCAUUCAGCAGAAACACGAACACUAGCCAGUCUCUGCGGCACCCAGAGUAUUUGCUGCUCGUGGUAGGCAGAGAUCUGUGCUUGGCCCUUUUAGGACAAUCUUUCAAGACACUUGGUGCACAUGAGCACUGAGAUCAUUAGGAAGCGCCUUGGUGCCAUUGGGGAGGGGGGUGGGGAAUGGUGUUGCCAUUUUUAUUCUAAGCCACAUUUUCUGAGCCUUGAUCAUGACCACAACAGUGGUCUCUGGGUCUCUGCUCCUGGUAACUAGGAGGGGAGUCUUUAAACUGAUUUCUAUUCCCAGGUGAGACAAGCAUUUUUAACCAUCUACUAGAACAAUUUCUCUCUCCCUCUUUGCCUCACACUCUUUGUCCUCAGAUGUUUUAUAUAAAAGCCUUUGAUACACUUGCUAACACAGUAUUUGCGCAGUUUCUUGAACUGGCACCUUUAUACCAACUUUCUCAUAAUCCCCUUUUCUAAUGAAUGCCCCAUCAGCGUCCCCUCUUCUUGACCCUCAUUGUCAGAUCCUCUCAGGAUUCCAUUCGGAUUCUUGGUAGGACAAUGGUGGUUCUUCACCCUAUGACUCUCCCCAUCUUCAAUAUUACAAAGAUCUAACCUUUCCUUCUUUGGGACAUUUACAGUGCCAGAAGCCUCAUUCCGUGUCCUGUGUAACUUAGCCUCAUUCCGUGUCCUGUGUAAUUACUCACAUGCUUCUCUCUCCAUGUGGAUGAAUAUGGGUCUUUAUGAAAGGAAGACAUUUUUGUGGAAAAUCCUUUAUUUUCAACAAUUUUGUUAACAUCCUUUAUGAAAGGAGGCCCCUUUUUUGUUGGGGGCCUUCCUCAUACGUAAAGAGCUUGUAAAAUAGUAAGUCGGUGAGUAGAAGUUGAAUUGACGCACUUAGUACUACCUUACUCUCAGUACCUAGAAUUGCUUAGUCCUACCUUGUACUCAUAGAACUCACUCCCUCUUCAUUCAUUUACAAAGUUGGACUACCAUUAUAGAAAUGCUCCCAACCUUAGCUUAUGCCUUGCCUAUGUCAGUGUACCACAGACAAGCCAUACGCACAGCAAACAUUGUGGCUCUCUGUCUGCCCGCUCCCAACUAUGUAGCUCUGAAUGUCAUGGACCUGGUGGCCCCAUGGCAUCCUUGUAUCUUAUUUCAGAGACUCCCUUGAUGUGGGGUCUGAAUACUUACAUCUGUGUAUGCGUAACUUCUGUUUUGCGAGAGAUGAUAUUAAUUAUUACCUAUUGUUGCACUGACUUAGAGGUAGAUCAAUAGGAGAUUUAGAUGCCCUUAUGCUGUGAGUUUGAUGUGAUUUCAUUUGCUGCAUGGUGCUUUCUGACCUUGCAUAGACUAAUGACUUUUUUAAAAGCACACACUUAACAGUUCAGGAACGCCUCCACAGUAUUUGAAAGGGAGGCAAUUUAAUGUUAUGAUCAGUUCUAGUUGGUAGUUCUUUUAGGUUUUGUGUUUCAUUGGUCAUAAAAAUGUAAAAAUAUAAAGGUAUGGUAUUAAUGUAACAUUAAAAUAGCAACUGCUGCCUGUUAUCACUGUCAUGUAACAAAAGAUAUUUUAACUCCAAAAAGUAGGGCUAUGUGGUGACAGUGUGAUCUGAAUAAAUAAA